UCGUCCUGAAACUAGGGUUAGGGUUUUUUUGGCUGCAGAUACUCAUCGUACUUGACUGGUCAUUACAGCUUGAGAGCUCCCCUAAUCAUGGCUGAGCAGACCGAGAAGGCAUUUCUUAAGCAACCGAAAGUGUUUUUAUGCUCGAAGAAGUCUGGGAAGGGGAAGAGACCUGGUAAGGGCGGGAACCGUUUCUGGAAGAGCGUUGGUCUCGGUUUCAAGACUCCCAGAGAAGCUAUUGAAGGAACCUACAUUGAUAAGAAAUGCCCCUUCACUGGCAAUGUUUCUAUCAGAGGUCGUAUCUUAGCUGGCACUUGUCAUAGUGCCAAGAUGAUGAGGACAAUUAUUGUUCGGAGGAAUUAUCUUCAUUUUGUCAAGAAGUACCAAAGAUAUGAAAAGAGGCACUCAAACAUUGCUGCGCACAUAUCCCCGUGCUUCCGUGUGAAGGAAGGAGAUUAUGUCACUAUUGGCCAGUGCAGGCCAUUGUCAAAGACAGUGAGAUUCAAUGUUUUAAAAGUCAUUCCAGCUGGAUCUUCUGGUGGUGGGAAGAAGGCUUUUACUGGAAUUUGAUGUUGUUUUCCGUCUUAAAUUGCUCAUCAUGGUUUUGAUGGAGCUAGUCAUCCACUAGAAGACUUUUGAAGUUUAGAAAAGCAUCUUGAUGGGGUGAACCUGGACUUCUAAAUGCUUUGUGCCUUUUGUUUUUCAACAUGAUUUUGACCUCUUUUUUAGUACUGUUUUAGUUGUGGUAUUCUAAAUACACUAUGGUUCUUCGAGUGGAAUCCACCUUUUAGAUCUUAGUUGCCAUGUA